AUGUUAUUGGACUAUUCGUAUUUCAAUAGUUAUAGCUUAUUAUUUUUUCUUUGUGUAUGCCAUGGAUAUCUUGUUAUACUUAUUCAUUCUAUUACUGUUGCCCAUCAACUUCCAAUUGAUAUAUUACCUCCGAUAUCAAGUAAAAACGAUAAAACUUUAUGGAUUGGUGGAAUGUUUCCUCAAACAGGAGAAUGGGCCGGUGGUGAAGCUGCUUUUCCUGCAGCUAUUAAAGCUUUAAAUCAAAUAAAUCAACGUGAAGAUAUUUUAUCCGGUUAUUAUCUAAAUUUAUCUGCUUACGAUACACGAUGUUCGCCUGGUUUGGGUACAACUAUUCUCUAUGAAUUGCUCUAUAAUAAAACAUUUGGUAGCGUAAAUAGUUCCAUAUUAAUGUUACUUGGUCCAGCUUGCAGUCCUGUAUCUACAGCUGUUGGCGAAGCAGCUAAAAUGUGGAAUUUAAUUGUACUUUCAUAUGGAUCAAGUUCACCAGCACUAUCAAAUCGUGAUCGUUUUCGUACGUUUUUUCGUACACAUCCACCUGCUACAUUACAUAAUCCAACACGUAUAAAGUUUUUUGAUUUAUUUGGUUGGAAACGUAUUGCCAUACUGAUUCAAACAGAAGAAGUCUGGCAAUCAACCGCUGAACAUUUAGAAACAUUAGCACGUGCACAUAAUGUUCAUAUUGCUGUACGACAAUUAUUUGAUAAUGAUCCUUCACAUGCCAUUAGUAAUUUAAAAAAGGAUGAUAUUCGUAUUAUUGUUGGAUUAUUCUAUGAAGAAAAAGCUAGAAAAGUCUUUUGCAAAGCUUAUCAACAAAAUUAUUAUGGAGAAAGUUAUGUAUGGUGGUUGAUUGGAUGGUACGCUGAUAAUUGGUUUAUGAAAGUACAUGAUGUUGAAUGUACAACUGAAGAAAUGUCACGAGCAGUUGAAGGACAUUUUACAACAGAAAUUCAGAUGUUAACUGAUGCAACAACAAAAUCAAUAUCAGGUUUAACAGCUCAAGAAUUUAUAACUGAUCUUAAUUCAACAUUGAGACACCUAUUUCCUACAAAACCUAUUGAAUCUGUCGGUGGUUAUGUUGAAGCACCUCUUGCUUAUGAUGCAACAUGGGCACUAGCAUUAGCACUUAAUCGUUCAUUAGAAAGAGCAAAUUUAGAAGAAUGGACUUACGGAAAUAAAGACAUGAAAGAAAUUAUGAUGGAAGAUAUGGAAAAAACAGAUUUUUUUGGUGUUUCGGGUUCAGUAAAAUUUGAUAAAUUAGGUAAUCGAAUGUCAAAAGUUGUUGUUGAACAACUUCGAAAUGGCCUCUAUCAUCGUUUGGCUCGUUUUGAUGCUGAAAAAGGUUCGAUUGAAUGGUUGAGUGGUGAAGAACCAGAUGGUAGUCGCUGUUGGAAUUAUAGAUAUAAUUAUUCAUCAAAUAAUGAAAAACGUCGUUCAGCUCCAUUUGAUCAACUGCAGAUUUCUCAUCAAGUUCAAGAAAUAUCACGUCCAUUGUAUUUAACAAUGAGCUGUUUUGCAGCACUUGGUCUUCUUUUUGCUAUUGUUUGUCUUAUAUUAAAUAUUGCUUAUCGAAAGCGAAAAUUUAUUUGGCAAUCAAAACCCAUGUAUAAUAAUUGUGCUUUGAUUGGUGGUAUUAUUUGUUUAGCGGAUGUAUUUUUACUUGGAGCUGAUAGUCAAACAGAUAAUCCAGCUCGUUUUGUUAAAUUAUGUCAAUUAAAAGGUUCACUUCUAGCUGCUGGAUUUUCUUUAUGUUUUGGUGGUUUAUUAGCAAAACUUGUGCGAACUUAUAUUUUAUCAACAAAAAGAUCUAUGAGUCAAAUUUGGUCAAUGUCUGAACUUUUUAUCAUUGUUGGAAGUUUACUUCUUAUUGAUUUAAUUGUAUUUGUUGUUUGGAAUAUAAAAGAUCCAUUACAUUUUAGUUCCGAAGCAACACGAGAAGGUCCAAUAACGAAUGAUGUUAAAACUGUUUAUCAAUUUCAACAAUGCCGUUCAAAUUAUCAUAUGAUAUGGAUUGGACUUUUAUAUUCUAUUAAAGGUGUAUUAAUUGUUAUUGGAAUUUAUUUAAGUUAUGAAACUCGAGCAAGUAAGCUUGAAACGAUUAAUGAUGCACAUUUAGUUCGUAUGUGUACUUAUAAUAUAUUUAUUGUUUGUUUGAUCUCAGCUUCAUUAACACUUAUUAUUGAACGUAACCAAGAUGCUGAUUUUGCAUUUGCAUCCAUAGCUAUUAUUCUUUGUUGUUUUGUCUCAUUCGGUCUUAUAUUUUUACCUAAAAUUCUAUGUAUUAUUCGUGGUCGUGAUCAGCCAUUUUCAUCAGCUGAUACUAAAGCUCAUUCAAGAUCAAAUUCAACUGGUGGUCACGGUGCAAAUCCUGCAACACAACAAUUAAGCAGUGAAGAUGAAGAAAAACAUCGAAAAUUAGUUGCAGAAAAUGAACAACUUAAAGCAUUGAUUGCUGAACGUGAAGCACGCGUCAAUGAGUUAAUAGAAAAAUUAAAACAACGUGGAAGUAAUAUUGUUAUACGUGAUGUUCAAAGAUUUAGUGGUAGUGCUGGUGCUAAUCAUAUGCCUGUUAUUCAUGAUGGAGAUCUAGCAGUAGCACUUGAUGCAGCAGCGUAUGUUAUGCGACGUCGAUCCACAUUUGUUAAUCCAAUUACAUUGAGCACACGUGUAUCGAAUGCUCUACUUACAACAACAACGUCGAUAGUACAGAAAACGAUUGAAGUACCAUCAGAAGCGAAUAAUAUUAAGAGGCCAUCCGGAUCAUCGUAUCGAGAAUCUGUCUGUUGA